CCGCAGUAGCGUGGAGGAGGCCGCCAAUUCCGUUUCAAAGCAUCUCUGAGCCUGCGGAGUAGACAGCAUGAGCAAAGCUCACCCUCCCGAGCUGAAAAAAUUUAUGGACAAGAAGUUAUCAUUGAAAUUAAAUGGUGGCAGACAUGUCCAAGGAAUAUUGCGGGGAUUUGACCCCUUUAUGACUCUUGUGAUAGACGAAAGUGUGGAGAUGGCAACUAGUGGGCAACAGAACAAUAUUGGAAUGGUGGUAAUACGAGGAAAUAGUAUCAUCAUGUUAGAAGCCUUGGAACGAGUAUAAAUAAUGACUAUUCAGCACAGAAAUCCAUGUCCCAUUUCCAGAGGGCCUGUUUGACUAU